GCGGCGCAUGUGCCGGAGGCCUUGGCUCGGGCGGGAGGUGCGGCCGAGGCGGCGGCGACGGCAACGACGGCGACGGGGCCUCCGUCUCCCAUGGCCGGGACGCGCUGGGUCUUGGGCGCGCUGCUCCGGGGCUGUGGCUGUGGCUGCAGCAGUUGCCGCCAGACCGGCGCGGCCUGCCUCCCCCUGCGCCCCGCCGCCGCCGCCCUCGUCGCGGCCUCCUCCUCCGCCGCCGCCCCCGCCGGCUGCGACUCCCUCGGCCCCUCGGGCCACCGCCGCCGCCGCCUCCUGUCCUUCCUCGGGGCAGCCACGCAGAGCCGCGGCUUCGCCAGUUCCGCCGGGCCGCUGCCUGGCUUCGGCGCCCUGCGGGGCUCGCUGCUGUCUCCGGGCCUCGCGGGGAGAUGCUACAGCCGGGAGCCCAAUGUUCCGUUUCAGGAUGAGUAUCCUGCCCUCUUGGAAUACGAGCCGCCUCCAUCCAAGUCCAGCGAAGAAGACGACGUGUAUCUUAUUCGAGCCCAGGGUCUGCCUUACUCCUGUACUGAGGAAGAUGUUCUCAACUUCUUUGCGGGCAGCAAGAUCCGAAAUGGUGUGCAUGGCAUACACUUCCUCUUAAACCGUGAUGGGAAACGCAGAGGAGAUGCUCUGGUUGAACUGGAGUCAGAACAGGAUGUGCAGAAGGCCCUGGAGAAGCAUCGAAGGUAUCUGGGCCAGCGCUACGUGGAAGUUUUUGAAAUUCACAACGAGGACGUCGAAGCCAUCAUGAAGAGCUUGCAGUCCACCUCGACUUCCGUGACCAACGACGGGGUCGUGCGACUGAGAGGCCUUCCGUACAGUUGCGUCGAAGCGGACAUUUCUGAGUUCUUCUCAGGCUUGAGUAUCGUCGACAUAACAUUUGUCAUGGACCAGAGAGGUAGGAGGAAAACAGGAGAGGCGUUUGUCCAGUUUGCUACCCCUGAAAUGGCUAAUCAGGCUUUGCUGAAGCAUAAGGAGGAGAUUGGGAACCGGUACAUAGAAAUAUUUCCAAGCCAGAGGAGUGAAGUUCGUACACACAAUGGUUUCUACCGGGGUAGGAAAAUGAUGGGUUACUCGCCUAUGAAGCAAGACCCUGAAUCGGUUUUUGAGGAGAGCGAAUUGUGUGAGGCCCUGAGACCGGCUUACGAAAGUGACACAGAAACUGACAUGUUUAAGCCAGCGUUUGAGAAACCUCGAGAGGUGUCGGAAUCCGGGAGCUUCUCCACGCUUCAUUUUGUCCACCUGAGGGGCCUGCCUUUUCAAGCGACUGCCCAAGAUAUUAUAAAUUUUUUUGCUCCCCUGAAACCGGUGAGGAUCACGAUGGAGUAUAAUUCGAGCGGGAAAGCGACCGGAGAAGCCGACGUGCACUUUGAGACGCACGAGGAUGCAGUUGCCGCCAUGGCCAAGAACAGGUCUCACGUGCAGCAUAGAUACAUUGAGUUAUUCCUGAAUUCAUCACCAAGCAGAAAAAAUGGUUGCCAGUGACAAUAGCAUAAUUCCCAAAGUUUAGGAUAAAUAUGCAUUUCAUUUGCACACUUUUCCUAGCGCUGGAAUGCAGGAGUUCCUGUAACUCGCAAGGAUAAAAUCUAAAAGGACACUUUGUUUUUUCUGAAUUGCCUUUCCAAGAAAAAAAAGAAAACCAGCAGCUGUACCUGAAACCCCACAGAUUGUUUGUGCAUAAUCUGUCGUAUGUGAAAAACCAAAAUUAAACGUUGAGCUGUCCCAUCGGUGAGCUUCUUCUAUAGUGCAUACCCUGGUAGCAUUGGGGGGGGGGGGAACUCCAACAGCUGUGAUCUGCAGCUGCAACAUCGACCUGCUUCUAAACGUGGCCGGUGCAGAUGUGCCGCUGCCCGUAAUCUUGAUUAGGUGGGUGGAAACGAUGUCGUUUCAGAGCCCAGGUGAAGGGUGAGCACAGAACAGAUCAGUUGGCGGGUGGAGGGGGAAUGCCUGCUUCCCAGGACCCGCUUCUGAUUCCCUGUGUGAUGAAGAAGUUGUCUGAGUUGUAUCCGCAUCAGCCCCUUACGUGGAACGUUGCCCUUGGGGGAGAUGGGCCACAUGACGUGCAUGAAGGAAUGCGCUCUGGAGCCCAACUGGGAAGCUGACUUGUUAACCGGGUGCCCAUUUUGAGUGCAUGUGUGGGGUUUGGUCUGGUUUAAAAUUGGGGGUGUGUGCAUAAAAUUAAGUCUUGUGUUCUGGCUGGAAAUUAAAAAGUACUUUAGAAAAGCUGCUGAUUCUCCAUAAGGCCUUUUUUUGGGGGGGAGGGUUGGUUUAUAAGCAGAUCCCCUUCUUGUCACACACCGAAGUGUUCACGUAGCUCUAGUUAUUAGUUUGGAUUUGACUUUUGUGGUUAAAACAACACACCCGCUGUCGGCUUUUUCUAAGCAGGAUAAAAGUUUUGUUGUCCAUCGCUUCCUUCCUUUAAAAACUUGAGGUGAGUCUGUCCCAAUUCAGGUGGUGAAUGUUGGACUCUGCCAUUACCUUAAGUAGUUCUGACGUAUGAACGGAAUGCCCGCAUUGUAUAUGGAAGCAAGUCCUGUAUGGAUUUGUGUGUAUGUAUACAGAUAAUGGUCACCAUAUGUGCAGAAGUACUCGAAUGGAUCAUAGGUUGACCUGUUUGUGUAGUCCUGGAAUAACCAACCUAUGUAAUGAGAGGUUAGUCAGACCUGUGAUGAAGUCUGCCAUCUGAUUGGACUCCCCUUU